AUGGCAUACACAAAAUUAACAUCGGAGCAACUGAAUAUUUUAAAUUUUGCCACAACUGGCCACAACGUUUGCAUAUUUGGCAGAGCUGGCGUUGGAAACACAACGGUGGUACAAAAGAUCAGAUCAAAGUUGACUGAAGAAGGAAAGAAAUGCCAGAUUGUUUGUGCAAGUGGAAUAGCCUGCGAAGAGUACAAUGGGGUGGUGAAAACUGUCCACUCUCACUACAGAUUGCAAACGGCUGAAUUGCCACAAUAUAAGUUACUAGAGCGUUGCCUUGAGCGGGGGAACAUCAUUGAGCAGAUUAAAAACAUUGACGUGUUAAUUUGGGACGAAAUUUCUAUGUCAAGUCGACGUCUAUUUAACCUGGUAAAUCUGUUGCACCAGGAAAUAUCAAGCAACCCCUUUCCAUUUGGCGGGCUUCAAGUCAUACUGGUCGGAGAUUUCUGGCAACUAAAACCAAUUAAGAGUGUGGUAGAUAAUGGAGACCCAGUGUAUGAAUCAGAGUUGUUCGGAGAAGUGUUUCCGCAUAGGUUUGAGCUAACCAAAAUUUUACGGCAAGAGGAAUCAGAAGUGAAGUUCAAAGAAGCUUUGAAUAUGAUAAGAAGUGGCAGGUGCGACGACGAAACUGAACGCUAUUUUUCCAUUUUAUCUGGAGAGUUUCCUUCCAGUUCUGACAGUCUACCAACAUCGUUAACACAUAUAUAUUUCAAGAGGCUUCCUGUCGAAGUGCAUAAUGCAAAUAUCUUAGCUUCUCUUUCCGGCCCAAAGUUAACGUUCAAAAGCUCAGACACAGGAUUUGCCAAAUCGCUCGACAGAACCAUAAGCGCAGUUCUCCAUCUAAAACCAGGAUGUCGAGUCAUGCUCUUAUACAAUGUCAGUCAACAGUUACGAAAUGGAACCUGCGGUGAAUUUGUUGGCGUUGACCCGAAUGGUGAAGCACUGCUGGUGAAUUUUCCAAAGGUUGGCUUGGUUGCAAUACAGCGCAGAAUUUGGUACAAAUAUGACGCAACAGGAAAAGUGAAAGCUAGUUGCACGCAAUUCCCUUUGUCUCUAUGUUACGCAAUCACCACUCACAAAUCACAGGGCUUAACAAUGAAGCGUAUAGUCGUUCACUGUUCACCUGAAUUCAUUCCUGGCCAAACCUACGUCGCAAUUUCCAGGGUUAGACACGCAGAUGACGUCAGGGUCGUAGGGUUCCGCAAGUAUUUUUUGAUGCCACCUCCAACAUCACUUACCAAACUGACAACAACCUCGUCGGGAGAACCAGUCCCAACAUUUCGCUGUUGUAGGAAGAUCGAACUGGACAAAGCGUGCUCUUUCGCUGUAUCAGAGGAAAUCAAAAGCUGCAUUGAUGACGAAAACGGCGUAGCAUACGAUGGUUUGGAAUACGAAGCAGCAGCAAAGGAUUUUUUCGAAUCGGCCGAAGGUGCUUCGGUCAAUCUUGAAGAUGUCCUAUUGUGUUUAUCCGAUUUUACUCACAAACUUUCUUGCCCUCCCAAUGAUUUCGAUAUCAAAACGUUUGUCAAAUUGCACAACAAAUGCAAAGAUCCAUUUUCCAAAGCCAUUAAUUCAGCCGCAAGUUUUGCAAUGGACAACUUGCAAACAUUCAACCUGUUAGCAUGUGUCCUUUGGUGUCGAAUCGCUACAUUAUUCAGCGAUUACCUUACAGAGAAUUUAAAUGAUAUACACAUCACGAAUAAGAACUUUACGUGCGCGACCGGUAAGCUUCACGAGUUGUUCAUGACCAACGAGUACCGAAGUGAUAUAAUCAGUGCGUUUAAUGUUGAGAAAUGGUCGGAUCUUAACGCUGGUCAAAGAAGUCUCACAGCACAGUUACUGUUUCACCUGUACGGAAUGUUUACAGCAGAAGUAGGAAAGCGAGUGCGAAAGCAAGAAGAGCAGGAUCCGAUUUGUUUUAGAGUGGAUGAAAUGGAAUCAGAAGGGAAAGGCAAGAUCAGGUAUAUUGGAGGAUGGGCGGUAAGAAAAUCCCUCGAAAAGAGUUGA